CGUCUCCCCACUCUCUCUUGAGCUUCUUCUCCUUCUUCACUCUCUGAUCAUCGAAUCAAUCAAUGGCGGAAGGUUAUUCGAGAUACAAUGAUGGAAGACAACCCGCACCAUUACCACCAUUUCUUUCUGGAAAACGCCCUCGUCCUGAUUAUGAUAUUCCACCUGGUCAUGAAUUGCCGGGUUAUUAUCCCCGUGAGGAUGAAAGAGGUGGUCGAGUCGUUAGAGAUACUGAAUCCAUUGGCUCAGCUUAUGAUCGUUACCUGCGCAGUGGAGGACAAGCUCCGCCGUUUAGUGGAGGAGACUCUAGUAGAUCUUUAGGUGGUGGAGGAAUGCUCAGUCAUCAGGUAGAUGAUCCACGUAUGCUUGGUCUUCGGAGCUUUGAUCCUGGCAUGGUUCCACCUAAGAGCAGGGAUAUGGGACUUCCAGGCAUCAAACAAGAGAUUCCCCUUCCUCCAGAUGCAUCUAACACUUUAUUUGUGGAAGGGUUGCCUGCAAAUUGUACACGACGUGAAGUGUCUCAUAUCUUCCGUCCUUUUGUAGGUUUUAAAGAAGUGAGACUUGUGAGCAAGGAAUCUCGUCAUUCUGGAGGAGACCCACUUGUCCUGUGUUUUGUUGAUUUUAUCAAUCCUGCGCAGGCAGCAACUGCGAUGGACGCCUUACAAGGUUAUAAAUUCGACGAGCACGACCGUGAAUCAGCCGUUUUAAGGUUACAAUUUGCUCGCCAUCCUGGUCCCAGAUCAGGUGGUGGGUCUCGUGGUGGCAGGCGUUGAUUGGAGUGAGUUUGCGUACGUUCGAUCCCUUUCUGGUUUACUGCAGUGCGGAGUGAAGAGUGACGCUGUAACCAUUAAAUUGCAUAUAUCUUUUCUGUAGGGCCGAGUCUCAGGGUGAGGAGCGAAUGGUAGAUUUUUUGCGCUGCUUGUCCGUCUCGCUAGAAUGCUGCGUAUUUAGGAACCAUAGACGCUAGUUCAGGCCUUAGCUGUUUAUGUUGCUUGUUAGAAUUUGUUGUGUGCUAAUGUCGUCUCUAGAUGGACCCGUAUAAGUAUGUGAAGGUUGUUGUUAUCUGCAUGUCGGUUACAAUCUGUAUUAUCAAAUUCUGUUUCAUGUCUUUCAGUAGAAUGCGAUAGCUUUAUUUAGUGCCA